GUGUAUUUCACCAUCUUGUAGUUGUUGAUAUUUUUCAGUACAAUAACAAUUCUUGACCUUCGCUAUUUUUUUUUUCGAGUAACUUCAUUCUUAUACAUCCGAGUCAUUCAUUCAUAUAUGCGUAUAUGAUAAUUUACAUUUAGCUACAUGUACAUAUUUCGUUGAAGGAGUAUUGCAAUUUUCCGGAAUUUCAAUAAAGGUCAGUAAAUACAAAGGAUGUAUACGUGACGUUGCUCAACAGAGAGAACGUGAACUCUGUGAAUCGCUUUAGGAAAAAAGGUACUACGUAUUGAAAAAACGCGUCUAUUGUUAUUCAGGAUUCAACACGAUUAUAAUUUUAUUCCGCAUUAGAAUGGAGAAGAAUCGAAUAUUGUAAAAUCGUAAAAGAGGAAACGUGUAUAUAUAUAAGAAAAUAUGGGUAGAAGGGGAAAGAGUCAAAUCAGCCAUAUUGCCUCCCGCAGAAACACAAGCGAGAUAGCCUUCUCUUCCAGCAUCGUCUGAUUUCUGGCUAUGAUUCGUACUCAGUUAUUGCGUGUUCGCGAAGUCGUGAAGACUCGUUCGUACUGAUUUGUAUCGAGUUGUUUGUAUAACAGUGUCUAACACUAUGGCCGAAGAUUUACGAGAGGGUCUUUUGUUGGGAAUGGGUAAUCCGUUGCUCGAUAUAUCGGCAACCGUUGAUGAUGACUUCCUGAAAAAGUAUGACUUGAAAUCGAACAACGCAAUACUCGCCGAGGAGAAACACAAGCCCAUGUACGACGAAUUGAUCGAGCAGUACAAAGCUGAUUUCAUAGCCGGUGGAUCGGUACAAAAUACGAUACGAGUGGCUCAAUGGUUCUUGGAAAAACCGAAAGUUGCUACUUACAUGGGAUGUGUAGGAAAAGAUAAGUACUCAAAAAUCCUUGAGGAACGAGCGCGCAACGAUGGACUUAACGUUCGUUACCAAUACACGGACGAGGAACCCACCGGCACCUGUGCAGUUCUUAUAACUGGCAAAGAACGUUCAUUAUGUGCAAAUUUGGCAGCUGCAAAUUGUUUCUCACCAUCUCACAUAGCUGAGCCAGAGAACCGCAAACUUUUGGAAGAUGCAAAGUUUAUCUACAUUUCUGGAUUUUUCUUGACAGUCAGUCCAGAAACAAUACAAGAAGUUGCGGAGCACGCUAAUGAAAAUUCCAAGGUUUUUAUGAUGAAUCUGAGCGCUCCCUUCAUAUGUGAGUAUUACGGCAAACCGUUGAAAGCAGCUCUGCCUUACGUCGAUGUACUGUUCGGCAACGAGGACGAAGCUGAAACAUUUGCCAGAGUCAAUGAUUUAAAAACCACGGAUCGUCGCGAAAUAGCUCUAAAAAUGUCAAACUACGAGAAAAUCAACGAGAAAAGAAAACGUGUCGUCAUUAUAACUCAAGGCUCGGAACCUGUUAUUUUGGCUAGAAACGAUGAAAUUACUGAAUUUCCAGUCACUAAAUUGCCUGCUGAAAAAGUCGUCGACACUAAUGGGGCUGGUGAUGCUUUUGUUGGAGGUUUCCUAGCACAAUACAUUCAGGGUAAGGAUUAUGAAACGUGCAUCAAAUGUGGUAUUUGGGCUGCAUCGCAAAUAGUCCAGAGAUCUGGAUGUACAUACGACGGAAAACCAAAUUUCGUCCUCUGACUGAUGAAAAGACUAUUUACAUUAUAGUAAAUUGUACUUAACGAAAUAAAAAGAAAAAUAUUUUUA